GGAUCAACACCGGCUAGACAGAUGAAGUCUAUGGCCCCUCAGUGUUGGGGCUGACACCAUGACGCCGGCUGGGCUCCUGGUCUUCAGCUCGUUGCUUACGAGGACGCUCUGUGUCAUCGCGCCGCAGAUACCAGACUUCAGCACGGGCGAAAAGAGGAUCAACGGGCCGUUCUGGCAUGAGGUCAUCACGGAGCUGUACGAGGACCCCGAAGAGGACGUGCCGACUACGACGACGGAGCCUCUCCCCAUCUUCGAGGACGACGCGACCACUAACAACGUGACGGCGCAGCUCGGCAGUCGAGUGCACUUGCACUGCAGAGUACAUGACUUGGGGGAGAAAACUAUAUCAUGGGUGAAACGUCGCGACGAAGAGCUCCACCUGCUUUCCUUCGGCCGCCACACGUACUCUGCGGACUCACGGUAUUCGCUCGCCUUCGAGCACCCGAACGAUUGGCGCUUGCUCAUUCAGUACGUGAGCGAGCGGGACGAGGGAUUCUACGAGUGCCAGAUCUCGACGCAUCCGCCGCUGGUGCGAAGAGUGCACUUGUCUGUCGUCGUACCGAAAGUGGAGAUAAUCGACGAGCGAGGCCGUCCGCUUCAAGACAAGUUCUACAAAGAGGGUUCCAUCAUAGAGCUCCGGUGUGUCGUGAGCGAGGUCCCGCAGCCCACCAGGCAGGUCAACUGGAAGCAUGGCGCCAGGCUGCUUAACUACGACACAAAGAGAGGAGGCAUCAGCGUGAAAACCGAGGCGACAGCCAACGGGGCGCUAUCGCGGCUGUACAUCGCCAACGCCAACCGGCACGACUCCGGCAACUACAGCUGCUCGCUCGCCGACGUCGCCGCUUCAGCCGUCUCCGUGCAUGUACUCAGAGGCGAGAACCCUCUCGCGAUGCAGCGCGGCGGCUCUGUGGCAUUCUCGCAUCCAUCGCUGACUCUGCUUGCGGCGCUCGCCAGCUGACACAUGGCCGGCGCGUGGUGGACGCGCGCCAUGUGAAUUUACACGUCUCUGAUUAUCGCUAGGACUUAUCGUGGUUCAUGGUUGGAAUUAAUUUGAUUUAAUUUUUUAGUGAUUGCUGUUGUAAAAGAGGUUUGUCAAUGUGGUGUGGUAAAACCACCGCGGCUCAUAGUAAGCGAAAUCUUGGAGUAUAUCAAUAACUCCUCAAUAUACGAAAGCAAUUGACAAUUUUGCGAUUCUAGGAUUUUUACAUAUUUAUGAUAAAAAUAGCAAUAUUUACCUUUAUAAAUUGUAAUAGAUGUCAUACACUAAAGAAAAAGUGGCCAAGUCCAUUACAUCAUGGUCAAAUUAAACGACAUAAAAAAUUGCAUAUAAAAACUAACCAAUGUACAUCUACUUCUGAACUAUAUUUUUUAUGAACUGGAGUCCUUUAAUAUGUAUAGAGUUCUAUUAUGUAAAACUUGCAAAAUUAAUUCCAUUCAUGUACCGUUUUCUUGUAAAUUAUCUUCUAAAUAAUUAUAUUACCUAGUGUAAGAGAACCAUGUUCGUUCAAUAAUUUAUGUAUAUGAAAUUCAUCGAAAAUACUAUUUAUGGUUGAUUGAAAUUUUGGAAUUAUUUGCACUAAGAAUAAAUUCUGAAUUAAAAGAUUACUAAAGUUCAUUACACUGUCACCAUGUAUUCGCAUAAAAAUUCAAAUGUCAUCGCCAAAAACGAUAGAUAUUUGUACGUGAUUUAAUCUACCUAGCCCAACCCUGGAUUCCCUUCUUUUGUUUAUACCGGGUGUGGCCUGUAAUAUGAGCAAAAAAUUUAACUGUAGGCUGUACUCCUCAUAAUGAUCAACAUUUGUUCAGCGACUUUA